AUGAACCCACUUGAUGCAACAAAAUCGGGAUUUUUAGUGUGCAUUGCUGUCUGCAUGUUCAUCUACACUUUCAUCUACCUAAAGGAUGCGCCAAAUGAACAAAAACUUAAUGCAAAUACAGCAGAGUGUGGCUUUUACCCGGAUGAAAUUUGUUCAGCUCUUUUUGUGGGAAAAACUGCUGCCUUUAAAAUUGGAAACUUGUGUCAGAGUAUCUACCAACCUAAACCACUCAGCUGCAUUCAGACUUCGUGCAACUGCUCUGUGGUUCUGAAGACUCUGCAUUUUAUCACAAGACCACUAUCAGAUGAAGAAAGAAAUUUCUCAUUGGCUUAUAUUAUCACAAUUCACAAGGAGCUGGAAAUGUUUGUGAAGCUGCUAAGAGCUAUUUAUAUGCCUCAGAAUAUUUAUUGCAUACAUGUUGACGAAAAGUCACCAAAAGAUUAUAAAGCUGCUGUACAAAACAUUGUUAAUUGCUUUGAAAAUAUUUUUAUUUCCUCAAAAAGAGAAAAUGUUGUUUAUGCAGGAUUUUCAAGAUUACAGGCUGAUAUUAAUUGCAUGAGAGAUCUAAUUCAUUCCAAAAUUCAGUGGAAUUAUGUUAUUAACCUAUGUGGUCAAGAUUAUCCUAUUAAAACAAACAAAGACAUUAUACAAUACAUCAAAAGUAAAUGGAAUGGUAAAAACAUGACUCCUGGGGUAGUCCAACCACUUCAUAUGAAACACAGAACACGGCUUAGCUACAGAGAAUGCGUAGGCUCUGGAGUAUCAUAUGUGUAUCCAACAAAGAAUAUAAAAGCUAAGCCUCCAUAUAAUUUGACAAUAUAUUUUGGUAGCGCCUAUUACAUACUCACCAGAGAAUUUGUAGAGUUUACACUGACUGAUGCACGUGCAAAAGAAUUGCUUGAGUGGUCAAGAGACACGUACAGUCCGGAUGAACACUACUGGGUCACACUGAAUCGUUUAACUGAUGCUCCAGGGGCUACACCCAAGGCAGACUGGGAAGGAAACAUACGAGCCAUUAAAUGGAAAGAUCAAGAAGGAACCACGCACAAAGGCUGCAAAGGUCAUUACAUCAGAGACAUUUGUGUCUAUGGACUCGGGGAUUUGCAGUGGAUUAUUGAGUCACCUCAUCUGUUUGCCAACAAAUUUGAGCCUGCAACAUAUCCCCUUGUUAUGGACUGCCUAGAGAGACGCUACAGGCUUAAAGUACUGCACCAGGCAGAAGUCCCCAUCGAAGAGCACUGGCGUUUCCAGCAAGAGAACUACUUCAACAUGAAGCUGGAUGUUUAA